UUGCAGUUCCCUUAUGCACCAAGAAAUAGUGCAAAGCAAGAAGAUAUCGAUGGCGGGAACUAGUCUAGCAAACGCCGCCUUCUCUAUGCCCGGAGGGAGGUCUUAUGGGCAGCAUAUGAAUAAUAGCACUAAUAACCGGUCCUCCUUCCAAAUGCCGCUGCAUUACCCGAGGUACAAGAAGAAAGACUAUGAGAAUAUGCCCGAGUGGAAGCUGGAUCGCCUCCUGAACGAGUAUGGCUUGCCUGUGUCUGGCGAUGUCGACCAGAAGAGGAAGUUCGCCAUGGGGGCUUUCCUUUGGCCUUCGCAGGAAGAGUGAAACAUGCUGUAUCAUGGUAAGGUGUGUGACCGGGUAUUGGCCAGCGGAUAGCUGAAUGCUAAUAAUCAUGUGUCAGUUUGGUUUGGUUAUCAUAUUCUGCCCCCUAAUGUCUGAAUGUAUGUAUCUAUCAGUGGUGUAAUCUAUAUUUGAACAUGUAGUGCCAGUUUCUUUACUUUAUUCACUCCAAA